AUGCUGGGACAAAGGGAAAGCCUUGCCGACGACAGCUGGGCACCCUUCUUCGAAACCCUUCCCGACGCCAACAAUGACUCUGAAAAACUCGAGGGGUGUUUUAAUGUCAUCAUCGACAAUCUCAGCAAUCUUCACACGGCGCUCUCAUCAUGCACUGAUGGGCCCCAGUACUACUUCCAACUGGACCAGGCCAAGCAAGUGUUUGUUCCCGAGAACGUAUCCUUCAUCCACCAGUUCUUCCGCUUCUCGCACCCAGAGGUCCCAAUUGUCCAUCGCCCAUCUUUCAACCCACACGAGGUCCAUCCUGUGCUCCUCAUGGCUGUGUUUCUCUGCGGAUCGAUGCAUGCCGCGCCGAGCGAUGUAGCUCUAUCUGCGCCUCUCCUCUUCGAUUUAGCUGAAGAGUACGCUUUCAAUACUCUACGCGGACUUGUAGAUAAGUACGUCAACUAUGGCGUCAUGGAGACCGACUCGAGGGUCGAACUCGCUCGUUUAAAUCAAGUUCUCCAGGGCUCUCUGCUGAUGCAUGGCUUACAAUUUAUAAUGAACGAGCCGCAGAGGCGAGAGAGAAACAGAGACCGUAGGCUUCCUAUGCUUGUUUCUACCAUCCGCAAGCUAGGUUUCUCGAAUGCAAGGCAUAGUCGUGUCCCCGAAGGAGAACCGGUGGACUGGGACGAGUUCAUCCUCAAGGAAACUCAAACCAGGCUAGGUAUUUGGGUUUUCUUGUCUGCUGCCCAGCAGUCAAUCUUGUUCAACAUGCCGCCUUCCAUGAGUAUCUCUGAGAUAACAGGAGACUUCCAAUGCUUUGAAGAUGUCUGGGAAGCUAAGACCGCCGGCCAUUUCCAAGCGCUGAUUGAUCAAGGUCGAGGCAAACGCACCGCGUCGCUCUGGCAGUGCCACCAGUCCUUAAUCAGCCCAACCUGGACAUCCCCAGAUAAUUUCCCGCUACGCUCACUAACAACACCGGACAUGAUUGUUUUAGUCCUAGCCUUCAGCACAACCGUGACAUCGGCAAGGUUGUCGGGGACGCUGCCACUAUGUGCCUCAGCAUUGGAACAAGCGCUUGACCGAUGUCAUCAGCUGUGGGGUGGGAUCGUUGGUGGGAAAGACCCGGCGACACUGAGCGAAAAUCUUUACUCGCGACACUUUGUCGAGGCAAAAUGGUUCCUGCGCAAAGUCAUAAAGACAUCUAUCACUGGUGAUGAUCCAUCCGGUUAUCUUGGUGAGGUAGGCCACAUGUCUACUACCGAGUUACACGAAUUCCUCAAACUAUCAUUGAGAUGA